CUUUUUCAUGUUGGUGUGGCUUCAAUCAUAUCCACCACGGUAGGCCACAAAGAUCGUAUUCAGCAUUAUCCAGAUGUAAUAUUCGGGGUCCAGAUUCUACAGACUCAGGCAGUCACGAUCACACCGUACAGACUAAUAUGUCUCAGAAGAACAAUUCCCAAGAUUCAUACACCGGUCAUCAUGGAAGAAAGUACAGAACUUCAACAUCAACAAGAGAAGAUAUGGAAAGAAACAAUUCCAAGCAAACAAUUCCAGCGGUAGAAUUGCAGAAUUUACAAGCCGCCCACAAUUUAGAGAGUCCGAUUUAUCUAUCUGUUCACGUGGGAAAUCCGACUCAGACUACGUUCAUGAAAUUUCUUCAAUUUUUCCAAUGUAUCGCCAAAAAGACUCUGGAUGAUAGCAAAAGAUUGUCUUCUUACUGUUCUUCUCCUGUGAAAGAGCAGGAGGUUAUAGAUAUUGAAAAGACUGAUGAAAGUACUGAAAAGGAAAUAGUUGAGAGGUGCAAUGAAAUUCACAAACCUUGUAUAAGCAACAGCAGCUUGAAAGAUAUUGAAACUGGUGCCAUUGAAGACGAGCUUACAACUUAUAUGAAGGAAAUCAGAAGAAGGGAAUACUAUAGUUAGCAAAUAAUUUUCUGAGAUCGAAUUUCGUAUUCAAAAAAGUACGUACCAGACAAGGUACAAACGAUUGAGAGUUGUAUCACCGAUUUACACAAUGACAUAAUUGAAAGAAAGAACUGAUGAAUAUAAUGACCACGAAAUGAUAUAUUCGAAGAUCUUCAUCAUAACCAAUAUCUUACAAUAUUGCAGUAGAACUUGUCUUUUUUAUUGUUCUUGACCUCAAAGUCAAGUCUUUCUGACUUCUUACGUCUUUUUGAUGAAUUAAAAAGUAUCUUUUUUAU